AUGGAUGACACGGAAUGCUCUGGCGAUGUGGACUCUCAUAUGGAUUUCACCAGCGAAGAUAGCCCUCUCCAUUGCUACUGCGGGACCAAAGAAGUCGACGUUUUGUCGAUGAUACCAUGCAACGGUUGCAAGCGUUAUUUCCAUCAGGAUUGUUUCAAAACGAACAGAUUCUCCACACUUGUUGGCGACCGCUUCAUAAGUUUAGACUGUGAGAGCUGUGGCGAGAAAGGUGAAAAAGUCACCCGGCGACCGUUCACUUGGCCCUCGGCCGUCUGCUUGACAUUGUACAAUCUGCAGAUGAACGGCACCCACGGGAAAAAAGGCUACUUCCAAUGGCGGGAGCAAGUCUGUCGCUUCAUAGAGGAACGGUGGACGCAGUUUUUCCCCGACAGGAAAAAAGCUCCAAAGUGGCAAGGCGCCGUCGCUUGCACCCUGUCGACCAGCGCCGGAGUGACUUUCCAGAGCGGAAUCAACGACGUCGGGGAGCCGGGCUGGUGGAAACUCAUAAAUAACAUGCCGCCGGAUCCGAAUGUUGCGAUUUCACAAAAGCCCAAGAAGCGUCGCAUGCCUGCUGGGGAUCUGCACCCAGUUGAAGAACUUGGGCCGAGGAUACGCAAGAAAGUCCUCCCGGACAGCGUUUACCAGAACUACACCAUUAGAGAUCCGAAGCCGAAGACAGAAGACACGGGCACUCAUGCCAUGAACUCUAACGUCGAGCAUUCAGACGCGAAGCCUGCGCCGAAUGAGCACAAUUGUGAGGCUUCCAACGAUUCGAGUAUGGAGUGUCCGGAGGACGCAGAGAGCGCUGCGGAGGAAACGCUUGUUCACCCGAAAGAACAGGCCUUGACCGUGAAAGCUCUCCCGAUCGCGCGCCUCCCCCCGCACGAUGAGGAGAAGUUGCUGCAGAAAUUGGAGUCAUUCGUUGCUUCUGGGUCUCCGAUGACGCCGAAACAAAAGAGAUUCCUGAACAAACUCCGAGUUCGCCAAAUGAAGCGAGAUCGGGGAUUAGAGGUGUUCGACCUGGAUGGCGAAUGUACGCGACUCACGAAGCAGUCGAUCAAUUCCGAUCAUGAGGUGCUCGAUAGAUUCGUGCACACCAACGUCAUAAGCACACCGAUGACAUUUGAUUCUCAGGAAAAGUUCUCCGUCAAGCUCCUCGGUACGAAUGCCGCCUUCACUCAAAUUGGCUUCCGUAGUCCGUACACGCACCGGGAUCUGAAACCCUUCAUUUUUCGGGAUUCCCACCCAGACUAUCCGAGAAUUCGAUUGAUGAAAGAAAUUUGCUCGCAUCGACUGAUUUCGGAGUGCGAGCGGACCGAAUACGCUGUCAAAUCGGUGGAUUUCGUGUACGUCCGGCCCCAUCAUAUCGCUGUGGUGAAUUCUAUUUGUAGAUCCUUCUUUUGGGAAGGUAUCGAUAUGUCGGAUCAAUUAAAUUAUCCAGAGUUCAGCAUCGUCGCACUAUACGGUAAAAUCGUGAUUGGGUUUGCCUUCAUGGCUCCUUUGGCGAACUGCAAUGACGCGUACUUGAGUUUUCUGUGGACUCAUCCGCAUUUCAGAAGAAGAGGUCUCGCCCGAUUCAUGCUCUAUCACUUGACUCAGAGCUGCGCAGGGAAAGACAUCACACUGCAUGUAGCCGCAACUAAUCCGGCCGUUUUCUUGUACCAGAACUUCAAGUUCCGGAUUGAGAAGUACUGUAUGAAUUUCUACGAGAAAUAUCUGCCGGGGCCGUCGAGAGAAUGUAAACACGCUCUCUUCAUGAGACUGAAAAGGUGA